AUUACGUCCAUCGCUUAACGUCCCAGCGAGGUCCAUGCGGCACUUGAAGACCGAAAACACGUGAAGCAAAACCAACACCGAAAAUGUUGGUUUUAUUCGAAACUGCGGCGGGAUUUGCCGUUUUUAAGCUGCUAGAUGAAAAAAAGCUGAAAGAAGUUGACAACCUGUUCGAGGACUUCGAGACCCCAGAAGCUGCCAGCAAAGUAGUUCAGCUUCAGAAUUUCAAGAAGUUUGAGGACUCUGCAGAGGCACUUCAGGCAGGUGUUGCUCUCAAUGAGGGAAAAAUAUGCAAGCCACUCAAGAAGCUGUUGAAGAAGGUGUUUACGGAUGAAGUCCAAGAACAGCUGAUGGUCUGGGAUGCCAAAUUGGGCAAUACUAUUAAGGAAAAGCUUGGUGUUCAGUGCAUAAGCAACAACAAUGUGAAUGAAUUGAUGAGAUGCAUCAAGUCACAGGUGGAAGGCCUCAUCCCAGGUCUGCAGGAGAAGGAGCUCUCUGCCAUGUCUCUUGGUCUUGGUCAUAACCUGGCUAGGUACAAGUUGAAGUUCUCUCCAGACAAGGUUGACACCAUGAUUGUCCAAGCCAUCUGUCUCUUAGACGAUAUUGAUAAGGAAUUGAAUAACUAUGUAAUGAGGGCACGCGAGUGGUAUGGCUGGCAUUUUCCUGAGCUCGGAAAGAUUCUUACAGACAACCAGGCCUACAUUCGUACUGUAAUGGCAAUGGGCACUCGUGAGAAGGCAGUUGCUACGGAUUUCUCUGAUUUCUUGUCGGAGGACCUUGAAGAGAAGGUUAAAGAAGCUGCUGAGGUUUCUAUGGGUACAGAAGUUGCAGAUGAUGAUAUGUUGAAUAUUAAUUCUCUAUGUGAACAGAUCCUAGAACUGACAGAAUACAGAGCGCAGCUGUUUGAAUACCUGAAGAACCGAAUGGCAGCCAUCGCGCCCAACUUGACUAUCCUGGUGGGAGAGUUGGUGGGUGCUCGCCUCAUCUCCCAUGCCGGUUCACUCAUUAACCUGGCUAAGCACCCAGCCUCAACCAUUCAGAUCCUUGGUGCAGAGAAGGCACUCUUCCGUGCCCUGAAGACCAGGAACUCCACACCCAAGUAUGGUCUGCUCUACCAUGCACAGCUUGUUUCACAGAUCAGUGCUAAGAACAAGGGUAAAAUGUCCAGGAUGUUAGCAGCUAAGGCAGCUCUUGCUUGUCGUUAUGAUGCCCUUGGGGAAGAAACGACCACUGAGAUGGGUAUUGAAAACCAUUCUAAGCUCUCUUCUAGGAUGUCAAUGUUGGAAACUGGGUAUUCUCGCAAACUGUCUGGAAAAGCCAAGAGUCAGUCUGCGUUUGCCAGUUACCAUGGCACAAGUGAUGUGAGACAAUAUCAUAUCGCCGCUGAUACGACAAUGGAGAGUUCUACCAAGCGGAAAUUUGAUGAUUCCUAUGGUGAACAAAAGGCUAAGAGAAUAAAGGUGGAAGAAGUAGAGGAAGCUGCAGCUCCAGAGGAACCCAAGAGU